AUGGCGUCCAGCCGGGUGCCGGAGAGGGAGGUACAGGAGGAGCCGAGGUGUUUUGCGACCGCAAACCCCGGCUUGUGCCUGCAGAAAUACUCUCUGCUCAUCAUUAUAGGACGCACUGCUCACCCCAGACACGCGGGACACACCGGCAGGGACAUUGAACGAGGUAUUCGGUCAUGGGACAUCGACUUAAAAUCUUGUGACCUGAAUCUCUAUCUCCAAGAAUUUCUGUCCCAGCACACGGCAUCUUUUAAGGGUGCGGGGCAGAAGUGCCUGCGCCACAGUACCAGAGUGUUGGACACUCAGGUGUUCAUCGGUCCAUCUCAGGAACAGGUUCAUUCAGAGGUGUUGGCUCUGUUGUCCCGCGAGUCGGCUCAUAAGCUGUUGAUCUUGGCGGGCCAGAGCGAGGAGGAAAGUGGAGACCUUUUGCUUCAUAGAGGACUGUUCUCUCCACAGCAGCUAAAACAAAUACUAACAGCGCAGUUCAUAGAUAAUGAGAGCUCUGCCUCCUCCGACAAACUCAGCCUGACUCUCAGUUGUCCCAACAUCAGCCAGUGGAAGAAGAGCCUCCUUGGGAACCAGCCCUUGCUGGGUCCUUUCAGGCUGCUCAUCAAUCCCCCGGAGGUGCUGCCUACCAUGGAAGCCCUAGCGGAAUUCACCUCCCUCAUAUCUGGUACCCUUUCACCUCCAUCUCCCUUCGACCUGCUGCCUCCUCCCACCACUGUGGGUUUUCUCAAACUGUCCCGCCCCUGCUGCUACGUGUUCCCCGCCGGCCGCGGUGACUGUGCCUUUUUUGCUGUUAAUGGGUUCACGUUGCUGUUAGACGGCGGCUCGGACCCUCAGGCCUGUUUCUGGAAGCUGGUCCGCCACCUUGACCGAGUGGAUGCCGUUUUGUUGACACACAUUGGGACAGAGAACCUCCCCGGUGUCAAUGUGUUCCUGGAGAGGAAGGUGGCCGAGUUCGAGUUGAGUUCUGAGAUAAAAGAUGACUCUUCUAAGAGGCUCAUCUCCCCAGAGCUUGGAGUUGUGUUCUUUAACGCCCCCAGCAGGUUGCAGAUAGAGGAACAGCCUUGUGUGGACAAUGUACUGAAGAGCACACACCAGGCGGCCUUAACUUUUCAGCUGUUGAAGAAGUUAGACAUCAAACCACAGCCAUUGUUUCGCCCACAGGGGGUCCCCAUUGAGCCGCUAACCUUAUUCCAGAAGAUGGGAGUGGGACAGUUGGAUUUAUACAUCCUCAACCCUGGCAAAAACAGCCAGGAUUACCAGACAUUUAUGCAAAACUGGCCUGAUGAGGAAUCAUCAGCAUCCAAAUCCCCAGUCCUACCCCUCACCGCCCUGGCCUCAGUUUCCGCCCUGCUGGUGUGGCACCCAGCGUGUCCCCAGGAGAAGGUGGUUAGGGUGCUGUUCCCAGGUGUGACCCCACAGGCACAACUACUGCAGGGGCUGGAGAAACUCAAGGGCCUGUCCUUCCUCCAGAAACCCAAGGUUACUACCGGGGACAUGGAGAGGCUGGGGGAGGGCAGAAAGACCAAGAGCACAGAGAGCCAGGACAGUGGCAGGUCACAAAUAAAGGAGUCAACAUCCAAACAUGGAAAAGAAAGAGGAGUUAAAGAGGAGGCGAAGGAGGUACUUGUAAGAGAAAAAGGAAAGGUUUUAAAUGGAUUUGCCAUAAGAGAUGCAGAUAAAACUAGAAUCAAAGAGACAGGUGUAAAGCAAAAAGCAGCAACGUCCGAGAAGAACACCUCGAAGAAAGGAGGGAAGGAUGGAAAAAAGGAGGAGAAGCCUUUAAGGAAGGAGGAGAAGUCCGGAAAAAUAGAGGACAACGGUUUUAUGAGGAAUGAUAAGGUGAAGACAGAGGCUCUCGCUUCCAAACCAAGGAAUGAAAAUAAAACAAAGCUUAAAAAGGAAGCAAAAAAUGACUCUAAAACAGGGGUGAAGAAAACAAAAAAACCACCAGGAAAGGAGGCAAAGGAUGGCGAGAAGAAGGUGAACGCUGAACUGUCAAAGUCUGACACUGAGAACAUGUUAGACAUCUCAGAUCCAGGAGGUCUUGAUACAGAGCAGAAGAUUCAGAAAGUAGAGAGGGAGUCUGAAGGGAACCCAUGUGGCUCUAAAAUGUCUACCCCUGAGGAUAUGACGGCAGAUUUUCUCAGGCUUCGGGGGGAAACUGAAAGAGGAGAGGCACAGGUGGGAACAUCAGGUAACAGAGAGCAGAAAAACAGUCAGUUAGGAAAUGAAAAGAGCCUUAAUGUAAAGAGCAAAGAGAAAGGUAAUGAAGGUGAAGAUACCCUAGGGCAAGAGGCUGCAGGGACAAUGGGAGGAAAUGGAGCAGAAGAUAAAGCUGAUGUAGAGCAGCCUGAACAUGCAGCCAAACCAGCAAAGGUUGUAGGAUUCCCAUCUCCCCUGAACAAGGUGCCAAAGGAGGAUCAAACUGACGAGCUGGACUUAACUCCAACCGAAUACACUCUCCUGGAUGGGGCUUUGAGAAACAGCCCUCCCUCGAGAUCCUCUCCAGACAACCAGGCUGCUCUCAGCCCUGACGAGCAGAACGCUGAGUCAGCCUCCCCGGGUUCACGGGCCAACAGUGCAGGCCACACUCCUUACUGUCUGUCCCCAGAUGAUGUGUGGUGCAACAGGGCCACUCUCAGCAGGUUACAGGCCCAGAUGGAGAACUUAGAGUCAGCUGAUGUCAACCAGACAAAUGGGUCAUCCAAGCAAAGUGAGCCCAAAAGCAAUCCAGACAGUAACACAAACCCCAGAGAGAGACAAAUCAGUUUCCUGUCUCUGGGUACAUUUAAAGAGGGAUCCUCAGAUGCCUCUCCCUCUGUGGCUACCACCACCACGACCACUACUACACAUUCCAUGCCAGCAGAGGUGGGCUCACCUCAGUCCACAGAAGUAGAUGAAUCACUGUCCAUGUCCUAUGAGCAGGGCUCAACCACUGUGAGCCAGCGAGAGGGGGAUGACAGUGUUCAUAUUUCCAACUCCAUUGGAAUGUCUUUACCGAUGAAGAAGGCUCCCAGAUCGUUAGGGCAGGGUUCAGAGGCGGAGCGACCUGCAGCUCCUCACACACUUGACUUUGAGGCCUCAGCUCACGAUGUGGAUCUGUGUCUGGUUUCUCCCUGCGAGUUCAAGCAUGUCAAACAGCCCGACUCCAGCUCAGGUGCGAGCGAGCCGUCCAGAGGAGCCUUCACUCUUCAUAAUCUCGGCAACAGUAACCUCAAGGACACGUCACCCAGCGAGUCAAAUGCCCCCGUCUGCACAGAGGACUGCCCGUCCACCACAGCAGAUGGAGGUCUGGACUCAGAUGACGACGAGUCGUGUAGUGAGCCGUCUAACUCUCCCCACGAUCUACGAUACAAUCAGGCUCUGCCCCCUGACCCUCUCCCAGCUCCUUGCAGAGACAGCCCCCCCCGGGCCCCACAUCCUGACGCCUCCAUGCCGGUUCCUCAGUCUGACGCUGACACCUAUGGGAAGAAAGCAAAAGCCACUAGCAUGCGAGGGAAAAAAGCUGCAGCGGUUUUUGAAGCCCCACAAAAAUCAAGUUCAGGAAAAAGCCGGAUAGGGAACCAGGGUGGAGUACCAAAGGGAAACGUCUCUUCUACUCGCACACCUUCCUCCAGCAGCCGCUCAGCACCAACUAAAUCAUCGCCCAGUUCAGGUUCUAAGUCUACCUCUGUUGGGGAAGUCAGUGUGUAUGUGGACCUGGCCUAUAUUCCUUCUGGAGCCUCUUCUCCAACAAUCAGUGUGGACUUCUUCAGAUGCGUUCGCUCCGCCUGUUACAUCAUCAGCGGGGACAGUCCAGAGAAAGAAGAGCUAAUGAGGCAGACGCUGGACGCACUACUGGAUGCCAAGAUAUCCUGGCCUGAAACCAUGCAGGUGUCAGUGAUCCCUACCUUUGAGUCGAUGCCGAUGCAGGAGUGGUACCAGCAGACUCUGGAAAAACAGAAGGAGCUGGGUAUCACCGUGCUGGGAUCCAACAGCACGGUCGCCAUGCAGGACGAGACCUUUCCUGCCUGCAAGAUAGAGUUUUGAGGCAGACUUGGGAUUGUAACAAUUGAAUAUGAAAAGGUGAAUAUGAGCUGAAGGAUAGAUAUGUUUGUGUGAGGGGAAAAAAGAGUUAAAAGAAUGACAGAAAUAAAAGGUUAGCAUGUCCUCUUGAAAGCUGAUGGUGUAGAUUAGUCUUGUGUAGUAAGCAAACACAGGGUUCAAAGCACUUUGUGUAGGCUUCUGUCCUUUAUGCUUUCAGCACUAAAGUGUUAGUGAGGUCUGCUGCUGUUUAUUCAACAUUUACUGUCAGUAAUAAAAAGAUUGUGUUGCCGAUAUUCCCAAAUUGCAAGCCUUUGCUAACUUUGAUCAUUGUGUUCCUUUAUUAAACUAAUAUUUUAUUAGUCUGAGCACAGAAGAUGUCUGUAUUGUAUAAAGAGAGUCUUACAGCGAGCCUUUAAUUAAAUAACAUUUACAGUGUGUGGUCAGGUGUGUCCUGUGAGCAUUGCAAGCAGACAUGGUGAGCUGUACUGUGUGUUGUACCUGCUUUUAAAAAGUAUCGUGCCACUGUGGCUUCACUGUUGACCUCAGGUUCGCCGCAGAGCAAACAACCAAGCUGCGAUGUAUCUGACGUUGAGUGAUAAUCUAUGACUAUUUGUUGUUUUUUGAAUCCGACAGCAAAUGCUUUUGUGGAAAUAUUUAUGUAACUUGUUAUUUUACAAAAAACCCCACUAAAAGUGAUGACAUUGAUUUUGUUUGUGCAUAUGAUGGAUCAGGGUAUAAAAUCAUGGUUUAUUCUCAGUGGGAGGUAAGAACUGAUUUCUGUGUUUUACCUUUUUAAAUAUGAUUACAUUAUUUUGGAACUAAGUAACCCUGAAACUGAAAUUACUUUAGUUAAUAAACUUCAGUUAUUUGUUAUACUUUAAAUCUUUUGGUUUUCUUAAAUUUAGUAUAUUAUUUGGUCACAUUUUUUAUUUUCCCAAUUAACUCCGAGCAUCACACCACACAAUUUGACACAUUU